AUGCUCAACUCCACUCCUUUGCAACCUCGGCUACCCAAACGUCCUCGAAUCAACAAUCAAAAUGAUUCCCCAUUGCCCUCACUAACAUCACCUUCACCUUCCACUCCUAUCGCGAUACGCCCACCAUUCCUUACUCUCAACCAAAACUUAUCCUACACCACCCCACAACGCCCACUUGCCAGCCAGAAGUCCCGGAAAAUCUAUCGCAAUGGCUAUGAAUCAAAGCCCAAGACACCGUCAUACACACCAUACAAGCUCAACAAUCCAGGCCAUCCUCGACAGCACGCCUUCGCGUUCUCCAACUUCCAGAAACUCCCAGCAAUGGAGACCAUUUCUGCACGACGUUGGAAUGAGCUAGCAAUCUCCGAGGGAGUACUGAAAGUGGGACAACACCUCCGAGACUAUCAGGUUGAGGCAUCAAACAUUAUCCUAUCUCGGUGGUGGGAUCUAUGUGUCAUUGCCCCAACGGGGGCUGGAAAGUCUCUGCUUUGGGUCCUCCCUCUCUUAGCACAGAGAAAAGCGAUUGCCGUGGUUAUUAUACCAUAUACGAGCUUGGGUUUUCAGGGCGAGCAACGACAUUCCGGUUCAAACAUUAAAUGUACCUUCCUUCACUCUGGUGCAAACAGCAAAGCAGAGCUUGAGGAAAUUGCUCGAGGUGGGGAGAAACAUGUCAUUUACACAUGUGUUGAGAUGCUCGAGACGCCUGGCGUUGCACAGGUUCUUCACUCUGCGUCCUUUCAGGCUCAACUGUCAGGUGUGUAUAUUGACGAGGCUCAUGUCCUGCAUGAAAGUCAUUCUUGGCGGCCUGGCUAUGCACGCUUAAAUAUCUUGCGGACCAUAAUCGGGACCGAUGCUCCUUUGGUCUGCAUUUCCGCAACAUUGCCCAAACGAUACCGCAACUCUCUUCAAAUAUUUGCUGGUCUACGGCCAGACUAUUACCUUAUUAACUUGGGAAAUUUUCGACCUGAACUGUCAACAAUUAUCUCGCACAUGCAACAUCCAGCUUCAUCAUUCCUCGACCUUGCCUUUGUUCUGCCGUGGAAUUCCACAGCUGAAUCUAUCCAACAAACCAUCAUCUAUUCAGAUGAUUUGGAUGUAUUAACUUCCAUGUUUUGGUGGUUUCAUGCUCGUCUAGGAUCAAUAAAUUUACCAGUGACACUAAUUGAUAUUUUACAUGCUGGACUUUCCGAGAAACACCAAAAAUUAUGCACGGCCGACUUCAUUGCAGGGAAGUCAAGAAUCUUACUGGGAUCCGAUAAAAUUGGGGCAGGAAUGGAUUUUCCACACGUCACCCUGGUUGUACAGUACCGCUGUCGUGGCCUAACAAUUGUGCGGUGGGAGCAACGUCGGGGUCGGGGGGGAAGAAGAGAUGGGAUUACAGCAUUAGGUGUCAUUCUCGUGGAAAAGUCCAUGACAGGUGACGAUGAUAACGAUAACCUUUCCACUCAAUGCCCAAAAUCAGAAGAUCCCGGAAUGCUGGAUCUGAUCCAAACAGAAGGCUGUCAAGAAGCUGUCGUCGAUGUGUGGCUUGAGAACCCACCACGAGAAACACUGGCUCUUUGUGGCCGUUGUUCAAACUGUAAUCCCGCGCUUUGUCUUUCGACCAAUUACUCCUGGGUUAUGGAAGAUCCUCGACCACACAAAGAACGAGCUUGA